AGAAGGGUGGCGCUUUGUCCAUUAGAUCGUCUGAUGAUUCUUAUAAUCAAAUGGCCGUUCGGGUGUAUUAAAAGAUUGUGUAACUGGUUGCUCAUGACCUGUAUCGGUGGCACCGGAAUUGUCUAAGCAUUUACGCUGCUGACCCACUUACUGCCAACAGUGUGACGGCGUCAUACGUUGCCGGCUUGUAUAUCGUAUUGGAUUUUCUUGUUAUGCAAGGUACCUGACGCAUUUUCCAUAAAGUAAUUAUUAACCGGCAGACAAUGCACUUGUUGUUACGGUUUAUUGGGGAACACGAAUUCACUUCAUGCCGCAGUUCCGAGUUUUGGCUCCAGUAUGUCCCGCGGCUAUUUCGUUCAGUUGUCUGAGAACGAUCGCAUAGCGCAAGCUUGAACAGAGAGAAAGUGUGCCAUUUAUCGUGCAGGUGCAUUACGCGGCAUUUCAUUUUUUCUCCUCGUGCAUAUGUUCACAGAUGGCUUGACAUCGCACACCACCGCUUUCGAUUUCAACAACCGUUUCCGCUCAGAUUCUAUCGGAAGUGUUUGUGGAAUCGUGUGAAAUGUUGAAAGGAGCCUCGUUCUUUAAGACGGGCUCAUUGCCCCGGCCCGCUGCCAAUCCUUCGCAUAUCCGAGAAGGUCCGAAUACCGUGGAGGGCAUCGCUGUGCCGGAAGAGCAAGUGGAAUCAUUGCCACCUGUUCACGGGCACGAAGGAGAAGAUCACCGUGACGCCAACCAGCUGGAGACUGAGCAUGCCGGUGAGGACGAUGAAGAUCCGUACAAUGUUAUUCCCUCGAUGGGAGACGGCAUGAUGGAAGUGCCGCUGGAUGGACCACCGGAGAGUGCCGCGCUACUGGACCCCGACCGAAAAUCGGUUAAUAGAAGCAGCAAAGAAGGAAUAUAUUCCGAAACCCAAGGAUGGGAUGUUUUUCAAGUUCUCGAGCCGGAAGAAGACAACCACGGCAACGAGAAGCUGAUAAAAAUUGUCGUCCAAGUUAUCAAACUUUUCGUCUACAUUCUGAUCUUUCUGCUUGUAUUAACAUGUGCAGUCGUUGCCAAAGGAUGUCUCUUGUUCAUUGCCGGAAACAUGAUUCCUGGGAAAAACGUGCAGCUCUGUGGCGACGUCGAUGUGAAGGGUGGUUUCACCAUAACACGGUCCACCGUCAUCACAGAAAAUGUGACCGUCACAUGGGUUUGGGCCAUGUACUUGGCAUACUGUGUUCCCGAAUUGUUUUCCUUUCUGUACAGUUUGCGGAAAACUACAUUUCGCAGCUUAAAACCACCGCCCAUUUCCAUGAUCCUGUUGGUCAUUUUCCUGGAAAUCGUACACACUGUUGGACUGGGAAUUUUAUUGUUUGUUGUACUGCCAUAUUUGGACGCCGUUCGAGGCGCCAUGAUCACCAACUGCUUGUGCUUUGUUCCGGCAAUACUGCAAUGGUUGUCGCGUAACAGCUCAGAAAAGCUUCGCUGGGUUAAGAUGGGAGUGGACACGUUUGCUAUUAUAUGUCAGAUUUCCGGAUUCGUCAUUUGGCCACUGCUCCAUCCAACCGAUAAUUUAUGGAGCAUUCCCGUCGCGUUAAUUAUGACCAGUGUUGUUUGGUGGGAAAACUUCUUGGACAAAAAAUCCCCUUUUGCGGUUAUCUCUAAACUGGCCGCCAAAAGCGAAUACUUGUACAAAACUCGCUAUCGUAUCUAUGUCUUUCUUUCUCCUAUCAAAUGCUUGGUAAUGUUGGGAACGAUGAUCGGCUUCAUGUCGAUGAGCAUCCAUGUGGAUGCGCUAAUGGACUCACGAAACAUUUUCCGAGCUCGCAAUUUGUCGGUUCUGGUUACUCGCACACCGAUGCGGACCACGGAUGAAAUUAGCGAUGCUAACUCCGGGCUGAACAUCUUUGAUUUCAAGCAUACUCCCGUUUCCGACAAUGAAUUGUGGGAAAUAGCUGGAACAACAUCCUUGGUAGUGUGGCUCAUUCAGAUUGCGGCGGCAGUUCUGUGCUAUUUAACCGGAAAAUUCGCGUGCCGCAUCGUAAUUCAACAGUUCAGUUUUGCUUUCCCGAUCAGUAUUUCUAUGCCUGUCCUGGUGUCGGGUUUAGUGGCCGUUUGUGGAUUACGACUACAGGAUAAUUGUUUCGGAACUAAUAUCUUGCCAAAGCAUUUAUUCUUCAAUAUGUUUCCGGGAAAUGGCAUCGAAGAUCUGAUCUUAAAUGAACAUGUGUGGAUUUGGCUAUUAUGGCUGUUUUCGCAAGUAUGGGUGACCUUCCAUAUUUGGAAUCCUAAAUGCGAACGUUUAGCGAAAGCAGAAAAGUUGUUCGUUUUGCCGAUGUACCAUGGCCUAAUUAUUGAUCAAGAUUUGGCACUCAACCGUCGUCGCGAUGAUCAGGCGGAAGUGCUCAGCGAAGACCUGAAAAACGGCUCCCAAACAGCGGAAGAUCCCUCACCACAUUACGAAACGCUGUCCAUCAAAUCUGUCGAUUCCUCUAAAGAAAAGCCUUCCCACCGCACCGCUGAUACGGUGACCAAAAUUAUAGCAUGCGCUACAAUGUGGCACGAGACACGCGACGAAAUGAAACAGAUCCUCAAAUCGAUCACACGGAUGGAUGAAGAUCAGGCCGCACGCCGCAAUGCACAAGAGUUCCUACAAGUGGUCGACCCGGAUUAUUACGAAUAUCAAACACACAUCUUCUUUGAUGAUGCAUUCGAAAUCAGCGAUGAAAAUGAAAACGAGAACGUUGUCAAUCAUUUCGUCCGACUGCUGUGCGGCGUCAUUGACGAAGCGGCCAGUGCUGUCCACCAGACGAAUAUCAAACUGCGUCCGCCGGUGUUGAUCAGCACACCCUAUGGCGGCCGGCUGGUAUGGACGUUUCCCGGUGGGACGAAAAUGUAUGUCCACCUGAAGGACAAAUCCAAAAUCCGACAUCGAAAACGCUGGAGCCAAGUGAUGUACAUGUAUUAUUUACUGGGCUACAAUCUCAUGGAUUUACCGAUCGAUGUCACUCGCAAGGAGACUAUCGCGGAGAAUACGUAUCUGCUGACACUCGAUGGGGACAUUGAUUUCAAACCACACGCUGUGCAGCUGCUAGUGGAUUUGAUGAAAAAGAACAAAGGUCUGGGAGCUACUUGCGGGCGCAUUCAUCCGGUCGGAAGUGGUAUGAUGGUGUGGUAUCAGCGUUUCGAAUACGCUAUCGGCCAUUGGCUGCAAAAGGCCACGGAACAUAUGAUCGGGUGUGUCAUGUGUUGUCCAGGAUGUUUCAGUCUAUUCCGCGCCAAAACUCUGAUGGACGAUAACGUCAUGCGGCGUUACGCAGUGAAAGCCGAAGAAGCUCUGCAUUAUGUUCAGUUCGAUCAAGGAGAGGAUCGUUGGCUGUGCACGCUGAUCCUGCAACGAGGUUAUCGUGUGGAGUAUUGUGCUGCUUCCGACGCCUGGACACAUGCGCCUGAAGGCUUUAACGAGUUCUUCAAUCAACGACGUCGCUGGGUGCCCUCGACCAUAGCCAACAUUUUGGAUUUGUUGCUGGACGCUAAGAAUGUCGUGAAUUCGAAUGAUAACAUCUCCUGGGGAUACAUUCUGUACCAGUUGGCUUUGAUGAUCGGUACGAUUCUGGGUCCGGCUACCAUUUUCAUGAUGAUUAUCGGUGCUUGCGUGGCGGCAUUCCGUGUGGACAACUGGACUGCUUUCUGGUUCAAUAUCGUUCCCAUUAUGCUUUACAUUGUUGUCUGUUUGACAAUGAAAGCAAACUGGCAGCUGUUGCUGGCGCAGAUUAUGAGCACACUUUACGCAUUGCUGAUGAUGGCCGUGAUCGUUGGUACUGCUAUCCAGAUCAAUGACGACGGAUGGGGAUCGCCGUCGGCCAUUUUCUUGAUCGCACUAGUCGGUUCGUUCUUCAGUGCCGCCAUACUUCACCCCCAAGAAUUUUUCUGUAUCGGUCACGGGUUUUUGUAUUUCCUAUCAAUUCCGGCCAUGUAUCUCCUGCUGAUGAUCUAUUCACUGUGCAAUUUGAACGUCGUCUCGUGGGGCACACGCGAAACCGCAACGAAGAAGACCCAAGCGGAGGUGGCGCGCGAGAAAGCGGAAGCCGAAAAGGCGGCCAAAGCCAAACAACAGGAAGGCUUCAUGGGUUUCAUGCGGAAAAUACGCGGUGAUACCGCCAACGAUAAUGGCAUGUUGCUCAACUGUUGUACCGUCAACUCUCGGGAUGAUUCGGAAAAAGAGGAGUUGAUCAAGAUCGGCAAGACGCUGGACAUGCUGACGCAGAAGGUUGACCUUUUGAGUAAGAGCCAGUAUCCGGAAGGCUUACCGCCGCCUCCGGAAUGGCCAUUGCUGCCACCAGAUCAUCCUCAGUUUUACAACAAUUUGCAUCAACCCGUGCACGCACCGGUCAAUCUGCACAUGCCGGUACCGUUCCCGCCCACACUGGUCGCCAUGAACGAAGAUUUCGAGAACGGUUCACUGGGAACACAUGUCUAUGGCGAAGUAGAGGAAGAAGAAGAGAUUAUCAAGUAUUGGAUGAAGGACAAAUGUUUCGGAGAAGUCAAUGAGGACCGCGUGGUGGUGUUGGAGGAGAAGGAAGUGCAGUUCUGGAAAGAUUUAAUUAAAAAAUAUCUGUAUCCGUUGGACGAAGAUAAAGCUGCGCAACAGAGAAUUGCCAACGACUUGAAAGAAUUACGCAACAAAUCGGUGUUCAUGUAUUUUAUGUUUAACGCACUGUUUAUCCUGAUUGUAUUUUUGCUGCAACUGAACAAAUACCAUCUUCAUGUUGACUGGCCGUUAGGCGUGAAAACCAAUGUGACGAUCAUCAAUAAUCAGCCCGUGGUGACUAAAGAAUAUCUGCAACUGGAGCCCAUUGGUAUCGUUUUUGUGGUGUUUUUCUUCUCCAUCCUGGUGAUUCAGUUUGUGGCCAUGGUAUUUCAUCGCUUCGGCACGUUAUCCCACAUUUUAGCCGCCACGGACAUUGAUUGGUUCAAGCGACGAGCAAAGAAGGAUCAACAGGAGCUCAUUAAAGAAAACGCUAUAGAAAUAGCUAGAAACUUACAGGCACUGCGCGGCAUUAACGACCCUACGGAUAAUUACCGCGACGACGAUGACCCACGCGGACCUGGCUUCCGCAAAACCAUUCAGCAUCUCGAGAAACAGCGUCGGCGGAAGCAGAAAGUGGGAACACUGGAUGUGGCUUUUAAGAAGCGUUUCCAGGAACUGAAAUCGCAGGCUGUACGGAAGCGGUAUCCCAUGCGGACCAUCGAUCCGGAGACCGAGAAGGCCAUGCAUCAGCUUGUCGAAGAGCAGAAGCGCGUGGAUAAUCCCGAUGUCGUGCGAUCGCCCACAUUAGUAGGCUUUGCUGUGGAUCCUAAUGGGAAGGAUGUGGAGAAGGGUGAUAUGUUCGACACGGCCGAAAACAGACAGGGCCCGCGCAUGGGUAUGCGCAGCCGGCGCCGCUUGGAAGAUAUCUUCCACAAUCUCACCGGCCACGAAGAUCCCCACGAUGGCUUCGCCAACGAUGGAUUCGACCCCUAUGACCUCGGAGACGACACGGUCGGCGGGGAUUUCGAUCGGGACCGGCGCAGUUCAUCGCACAUCGUACAAGAGAAUUCCGACAGUCCUUGGUUCGGAAAAGUGAGACACACACCGCGAGGAACCCCGAAAAUGCCGAGAAGGUCACCUAGUUUGCAUACCCUCGAUCGCGCUUGAUAGUCAGUUCCGGGUUGCUUUUUUUGUAAAUGUGAGCGCUUUCCAUAACGCAUUGCAUGUGUUAAUCGUCCUAAGCCAGUGAUAUUUCAUGAACUAUGAAAAAACAAUUCCCAUUAUGCUUUAAUUCAGAGUCGCAAAUAAAAACAAAUC